AUGGACACCGUCGAUUCCUGUGAACCACCAAAAUACUCGGACAGACAGGGUGGAAAACGAGUAGAACAGUCCGGAAACGGGGCGGUGCACAUUUUCACCGGAAAUGAAAAGCAGCGGAAGGUGUUGACCAAUCCGGUGAUUUGGGAUCGAAACGCAGACCGAGUUCGGCCGCACUUGGACAAUGAGUGGGCCAACUUCGAAAGGACCCCCAACAGGCAGGCGGAGGAAAACUUCAACCGAAUGCGGAGAACUUUGGACCGGAAUAAUAACAACGACAAUGACAGUGACAAUGAGUCCAGAUUCGACAUGUAUCGAAAUGUGGUGGAAAAUGCUCUGAAUGUGGCCUUUUUGGCAGCAAAUUCCAACCAGCUUCGGUUGUUAACCGAAUUUCAGGAACAGUCGGACGUGUAUCAGGUGUGCGUAGGGAUGCUGAUUAUGUCGUUGAUUCUGCAGAUUCUGGUCGGCGUUUCCAUGGUGACCAUAUCGAUUAACGCUGACCAGCGCUGGAAAAAAUUGAAGGUGAUUGCCUCGAUUGGAGUUGCCGUGAUUGCUAUCGUGAAUAUCGUGGUGCUGUCGUUAGUGAAUGCAAUAUUAUUUAAAUGA